GCGCAAGAUGUGUGUGGCGCGGCGCCGUGCUGCCCUGGCGACGCUGCUCCUGGCCGUGCUGGCGUCUACCUGCUCCGCCGAAGCCGGCUACAGCACGGUGUACGCCUGCGAGGGCUCGACGCUGAAGCUGGAGUGUGGCGACGACGAGCUCAUCAACCUGAUCCGAGCCAACUUCGGCCGCUUCUCCAUCACCAUCUGCAACGAGAAGGGCAACACCGACUGGAGCGUCAACUGCAUGUCGCCGCGCUCCCUGCGCGUGCUGGAGCAGAGAUGA